AGAAUUGAUUAACAUUUUUAAAUGUUAUAUUCAAUAAUUUAAUGCUUGGUUUUACUUAUGUCUCGCUUUUAGAUUCCGCGCCCUUUCGGCUAAUUUUCGGUCACAAUUCCCGGACCUGA